AUGGGUCUCUUUUCGAGAAAACCUAAGACGCCUAAGCCAGUCAAUGCUUCUGCUUCCAACGGGGCAAACGACACGGCCAGUUUACACUCGCAAAACUCCAACAUCAAAGGUUCAUCAGCCAGCAAUUCUAGAGUACAAUCGCAAUCUUACAGCAAUCAUCGCGCAUCAGCCGGCAGCGUACCUCCGACUCCUAUGACCCCGAUGACUCCCAUGACACCGCAUCUCAUGCCUAGAAUCAACCUACCUAAGCCUCCGGAUCCGGUCCUCGAUGCCGCCGGUUACCUCAGGAGUCUAGGCUCCGUCCGCGAGCGGUCUAAGAUCGUGACCGACAAGGCCUUGCGCAACAAUCUUAACCAUUUCGACGUAGAUAUGGCCAAGUUUCCCGACGUCGCUACGUUUGUGUGCGGCAUCAUCAAGCGAGAUUACGACGCCCCGUUUUCGUCGAUCCCGCCCCAUGGUCGGUACCAGCACUUCUGCGCCGGCGGGCGGGAUCGGGUCGCCAACCUACUAGCGACCUUUCCCGACGACGUCGAUAGUACCGAGAAGUGUCGCCGCCUAAUCGAUCUGUUCCUCGUCAGUGUGCUGCUCGAUGCCGGCGCUGGUACCGUAUGGAGCUUUAAGAGUGCCGAAAAUGGUCGCAUCUACAGGAGAUCUGAGGGUCUAGCCAUUGCGAGCUUGGAGAUGUUCAAGGCUGGGUUGUUCUCUGGAAAUCCGAACAACAAGUUCCAGGUGGAUAAGGAGGGUCUUCAAACAUUGACCGUUGAGCAGUUAGCUAAGGGCAUGCAAUCACGUCCGGGCAACGAGAUUGCUGGUCUAGAGGGUAGAGCACAGCUCCUGAUACGACUUAGCGAUGCGCUAUCAGAGAAGACGGAUUUCUUCGGUGCUGAUGGACGGCCAGGUAAUAUGGUCGACUACCUUCUAGCGCAUCCCACAACACAGGCUUCUUCGUCUCCUAUCGUAGUCCUUCCGGUACUUUGGAACGUGCUUAUGUCCGGACUCGCUCCUAUCUGGCCCCCCUCUCGGACGGCUAUCGACGGCGUCUCUCUGGGUGACGCUUGGCCGUGCUCCGCGAUGCCGCAGCACACACCUCCGCCCACCUCCCCGGGGUUUUCUCCGUUCCCUAAUUCUCAGUCAAGCUCGGGCGCCGCUCCUUGGGAAUCCAUACUGCCUUUCCACAAGUUGACGCAAUGGCUCACGUACUCUUUAAUGCAACCCAUGCAGAACAUCCUUAGAAUCCAGUUCGCCGGCACAGAACUCCUAACGGGGUUACCCGAGUACAGAAACGGAGGCUUAUUCAUCGACCUUGGCGUAUUGACGCUUAAAAACGACGACCUCGAACGUGGCCUACAGCACUAUAGCGACUACUGCCGACGGACAGGCUCGAAUGGUAUCGAGGUAGCGCCUAUGUUCGAGCCGAGCGACGACGUGAUUGUCGAGUGGCGAGGUGUUACCGUAGGCUUUCUCGAUAUGCUCUUGAUCGAAGUCAACAAGACCCUUAGGAAGGAUCUCAACGGUGGCGAGCUAACGCUAGCACAGCUGCUCGAGGCGGGAAGCUGGAAGGGUGGUCGUGAGAUCGCAGAGGUCAGCCGACCUAAUACGAAAGAGCCUCCCAUCCUCAUCGAUUCGGAUGGAACUGUAUUUUAA